AUGCACCUUCUUCCUGAAUGUCUAAAUGCUGCGAAAUACCCUGAAGACAUGAAAACUGAGUAUGAUCACUACAAGAAAGAACUGAAUGAAAUCAGUAAAAUCUACACUGAAGUAUCCGAGAUUGGACAGGAAGUACUAAAGUGGAAAACUGCUUUUAAGGCAAAUAGUAAUAAUGAUGAUGAUAAUGAAGAUAAUCCUUUUUGGGUACCAGGUGAAAAAUCAACCAUUUCCCAAGACCAACUUUCUUCUGAUAAUAAUCCUUUUUUGAUAUCAGGAUCCAAUGAUGAAUUUGAAAUAGUAGCAAAGUUAGGGAAUUUAGAUGAGAUGUCGGAUAGAACCCGAACCAGAAAAAGAUGUCAAAAUGAAGUCGCUAGUUUCGCUGGCAAUAAAAUUAAUAAUUUUAUAACUAAACUAGACAAUACGUCAAACGAAUUAAAAAAUACAAAUGAAACAUCGUUAAACCAUAUAUUUAAUCAGCAUGAAGAAUUAAUCAAUUCAAUUGACGGUAAUUUAAACCAAGUAAUGGAUCUUAUCAGGAAUAAUAACGAUGUUAAUAAUGAGAACAGCAAUGAUGAUAUCGUAAGCUUUAAAAAAUUUCUUUCAAAAUUUGAUUCAAAUAUCUCAUCUAGUAUCAAUGUUACAGAACUCAAUGGAUGA